AUUACAUAAGAAGACUAUCAAGAAUCUAAGCGAUAAUCAUAAAGAAGUCAUCAAGAAUUUAAGCGAUAACCAAACAAAGGUGGUGAUAGAGUUGAGUGGGAAUUAUGCUGAUGUCGUAAAAACUAUGAAUAAUAAUGAGGUAAAAAAAUCAAAAGAUACGCAUGAUGCAUAUGGAAAGGUUAUUGACACUAUGCAAACUAACUAUAACAAGAAGUUGCAGAGUCAGAAUGAUUUGAUCAAGAUGCUGGCCGUUAGUAAUAUUAAUAUGACGAAUAAGUUGUUAGACCAUGUAACUAGUACUAAUAAGGCAAAAAAUGCCUCAGAGAUAAUAUGGUAA